GGAUUUUCAUGGUAAUACCAGUUCAUUGAGAUUGUAAAUACCCCAUCAAGAGCAUAUACAGCUUUAAUCACGUGUUUUCAUGUGACAGUUAAAUUUACUUUUGGAAAUAUCGACCCUGACUUGAAACAUUGAAUGUUUACAGCCAGUUUUUUGUUUUCCUUGUUGGUAAAUAACCACAUCAUACUGCUUUGCCAAGAUGAGAAUGCUGCAGCCAUUUCAUCGGCAUCAAUUAGUAUCGCCUUCUAUUUCAACUCGCGUACUUUUGGGUAUGCUUCACCUCGAAUCAUGCCCAUUAUUGCUACCAAACAUCAAGAUAAUCUACUUUAAACAACACACUACUUUGUUAUUCAUAAACUCGACUCUAUGCUCAUGAGAUUUGAAAAAAACUAAGAGAUGCGUUAUUGGGUUUUGAUUUAGGCUUAGGAGGAGCAGUCAAUAAGAUGUGGUUAAAGUAUUGUACUGCAUUGUAUGUUUACAAUCAGCACUAUUUAGAGCUUUCAUUAGCACGAAAACAUCAACCAUUGAUUUCAGCUUGCAAUCAUAGUGCAACGCUUGAUGAUCCAAUAUUAUUCGGUUUAUUGCCAUGGUCUACUCUUCUUGAUGCAAAAAAUAUGAGAUGGUCGCUCGGAGCCAAAGAAAUCUGUUUUACAAAUGCAUUUACGUCUUGGUUUUUUACCGUGGGACAAGUGCUGCCAAUUAUUCGUGGCGAUGGGAUUUAUCAACCUGCCAUGAACCAAGCGGUAAACCUGCUUGACAAUAAUCGCUGGGUGCAUAUAUUUCCUGAAGGCCGAGUCAACCAAGCCGAAACAAUGCUCAGAUUCAAAUGGGGAAUCGCCCGUUUGGUUAUGGAUUCCAAAACUCCACCAUUGGUUCUCCCCUUUUAUCACACUGGCAUGCAACACAUGGUUCCUCUUUCACAGCACUACCCAAAUCCAAUGAAAAAGAUUGUCCUUGCGUUUGGUAAACCGAUUGAUUUUCGCAGCUAUUCUUUCGAAAAAUCCAUCACAAAUGAGGAGCAGCGGAUACGCAUUACGAAACGAAUUCAGGAUGAGGUGGAGCGGUUGAAAUUAUUUGUUGAUCAAAGUCUUGAUGUGGCGAAAUGA